UUGGAAGCAUAGAAAUGAUUGUGUAUUCUCUAAUGCCCAUCCUAACUCAGUGGAUCUGUGGGAACUAAUCAAAAUCAGGUUAGCCCAUUGGCUUAAGGCCUCUAUCAAGGACUUCCCCUUCUCAGUUUCAGAUCUAGUUUGCAAUUGGAGGAAUAUUAGGAGCUUCGUCUGAGUCUUCUGUUCAGCUUAUCUGGUCUGUUCUAGUGCUGUUUUGGGUGAGUUUGGUUGGUGUGAUUUAAUUGAGGAGUUUGUUAGAAGCUUUAAUUGAGGAAUCUUUAAUUGAGGAGUUUAUCUGCCUUAUCUGGUCUGUUAGAAGCCUCAUCUGAGUUUGUGGGCGAGUUGCUGCUGAAUUCCUCUGCUUCUGUUUUGGUCUACUGCCUUUUCUGGUUUGUUCUGCUCUGAAUUGCCUGGUCUGUGGGUGAGUUGGGCUGGUUUAUGUUUUAAGUUAUGGGUUAUAACUUCUGUGGGCGAGUUGCUGCUGAAUUCCUCUGCUUCUGUUUUGGUCUGCUGCCUUUUCUGGUUUGUUCUGCUCUGAAUUGCCUGGUCUGUGGGUGAGUUGGGCUGGUUUAUUGUUCAAGUUACGGGUUAUAACUUCUGUGUGAUCUCCAUGCUUUUGGAAAACAAAGCCACUCAACUGAAGCUGCUGCUAUGUUUUAAUUUCUGGACAGCACAUUGGCUGCUGCUGUGUUUUUUCUCUGGGUGUUUUGCUUCGGUUGUUAUCCCUUUCUUCCUCUUACUUGUUGGUUUCUUGCUAACUGGCGCUUGGGGCUAAAAGCCCCAAGCUCCUCUUUAUUGAUGUAAUCUUUUUACCUUUUUGGUUCCAUCAAUAAAGAUUUUCUUUGCCGAUCAAAAAAAAAAAAAAACUAAACAUAGUUUGGCAUUUUAAAAUUGAAAAUGAGGGUAAUAUUAGAAUAUAAAAAUGUGUACUAAGAACUUAUAUUUUUAUAAGGUAUGCAUUGAGAAGGUGUUUGUUAAGUAUGUACUGAGAUGAAUUAGUGUGUUAGUGUUUGAAAAUAAAAUUACCCUUAGAAAAGCAAAAAAGAAUAGCCGAAACAAGUUUACUUCUGUUGAAAAUAUUCAGGACGGUGAUGAUGUUGUAGUGUUGUAGAGGUGCAAGAAAGAGUUGUGUUUUAUGUUUCUCAUGAUCCUUGGAUUAUUUAUUUAUUUUCAGCACAGGUACAGAGUCAAACAUUUUUGGUGUAGCCAUUAUAUAUCAAGCAAACUAAAAAGGUUUCCGGAGAAGCAUACGAAGUUGACGAACCAUUUUCUGUCUUGAUGCGCUUUGCAAUCAACUGGUUGUCAGUGUUCCAACCAAGGCCGGCCUUCGCUUUCCCGCGUAUAUUCCUCAGCAUAUUAUCACAGAUAUCCCACGAAUCAUUCUCACUAUACAGUGUUCUAGAGCGAGAACAAGGGUUCUAGAGAGGGUGUGACAGCAUUUUACAAACUCUUUUACAUAAUUACCAUUGGAUGAGCUCUCUUUCUUCACUCUCGUGCCGCAAUGCCCUCUUUUUUUUCUACAAUAAACAACCCAUUUGCGUUUCUGCAUUUUCUCAUUCAUAAUCAUAAUCAUAAUCAUAAUCAUAAUCACCCACUGCUUCAACAAUACCCACCUUUGAAUUCAAGACUACCCAGUUGUGGAUUUUCAAGAAAUGUCGUCGUCCAUGGAGAAUAAUCCUCUUCCUCUAAUGCCCGGUCGUGUUGUUAUUGCUUAUGAUGCUACCAAGGACCGCAAUGAAAGAGAGCUUAAACGCACUGUUGAUAAUAUCCGAUAUAGAGGUGACAUUCUUCAUGAAGGUGAUACACUCAUGCUGCUUGGAGUUCUGCACAGGCUCCCACACCCCAUGGGUUACCAAAUGGAAGCAUCCCCUGUUUCUUUUUUGGGAACAAACAUGAGUGCGAUGAAAGAUGAAGUUUCAAAAAAGACUGAUAUGUAUGUGAACAUGCUCCAACAAAGUGCUGAAGAACGCAAAAAUGAAAGGGUUGACAUUGAAGUCAUGAUUACUGCUGGAACUCCAACCAAGAAGGUAGUUUUACAAGAGGUUACAGCUUGUAAUGCAACUUGGGUUGUACUCGAUAGGCACCUCAGGAGGGAUUUGAGGUUUUACCUCAAACAGAUACCUUCCAAAGUGGCAAUAAUUCAUGAUAACUUGUUUGUGAAAGUUUUGAGACCUUAUACUACUACUGAUUCGGACAAUGUGGAACAUAGGGUGGUCUAUUCUAUCUCUAAGCCCGUUCCUCUGUUGGCUGUUCAAGAAAAUGAGAACAAUGAGCAAUCUAUUAUCUCUUGCAGAAGUUUUCCUGCAUCCAUUUCUUCCAUGGAAAGUUCUGAUAUGCUUAAGAACAGCUUGGCAUCUUCAUUUGCACACAGGUCACGGGAGCAUAGCUUUUCAUCUGGUGAUUUUGGCUCUACUUCAAAGCAAGAGAAAUCAGGUAAAUACGUUGGGAAAUUCAUAUAGGAGGUAUAGAGUUGUGAAUUAAGUUGGCUUGAGGUACAUGGUGAAAGUCUAGAAACCCACGCGACAAGUACCAAGUUCCUUCAGGAUAAGAUCCAGUAAAGUGGUGAUUGGGUAGCGUUUGAUAUGCCUACUUGCAGAUAACAGCUUAGGGAUUACCUGAAUCGCAUUUACCGUCCCUUGAUUUUAUAUUGAAAUCAUUGAAAUGUUUUUAUGUUUGCGAACGAGCAUCCUGCAUGAGAUUUUCAAAUCAGAAAGAAAUGUACUUGGAGUACAGCAUGAUAUAAGCAUUCAUCUCUUGAGAUUGUAUAAAAUGUAUAUAUUUUGUUAAGAUUUUCUUUUAGGCUUAAUACUCACCCCUAGUGGAUUUGUUGCAGAAAAAAAUGUGGUGAUCUUGCCGAAGUAGAGGCGUAAGAAGUGUUUGGAGAGUACAAGGCUCUUAUUCUUUUGUUGUCUUAUUUUGACAAGCCAAGAGCUUGACAUAUAUGGGUUUUGAUAACAAUUUUUGUGUAUUUGGGUAUAGGCCUUGGAACUUGCAACCAAUGAGAUAUUAUUUUAUGUUAAAUUCUUAGCCCACAUGCUAUAAAUUCAUAUUCUAGUUGCAUGUGGGAGUAAUUGUGACAAUAUAUUGUAUACCAUGAA